AUGCUGUUGAUAAUGACGGUUCUGCUCUGUAUGGCAUACUGCACGGCAAAAGGUGAAAAAAUAGAGCUGUGGGGAUCUCGAGUUGUUGGAAUACCAAAGGGACAAUGGAAAACGAUGCAGUUCCGGUUUGAGAAACGAUGGACUGUUUACAUCACCGUAGAUGAAGUAACUUUGCAGAAGAGGCUCGAUGUUUUCGAGGGUCAGGAAUUUGACACUCCUCUUUCAACUACACUAUUCCUACCAUACUGUAAUUUGUCACCACCUGCAGAAGGUAUCGAAGUGAACAUCUUUAGCUGUCUUAACACGAGUUUCAAAGUUUCAAAUAACAGAUGA